AUGCAUUACUACAUGACCAUUCUUACAUCAUUGAAGGUGAAUAGACUGACUGACGAGUUGUGUUUGAUUGGCAGGUCUGCCCCAGCAGCUGCCGGCGCCCCCCCCGCAGAUGGAGCGGCGCCCCCUCCCAACCUCACUAGCAACCGCCGCCUGCAGCAGACACAGGCUCAGGUGGAUGAGGUGAGUAACAUGCAGACACACUCACCUUGUAUUACGCACAUACUGACCCACAGAAAUAUCAUAACGUUGCUCACAUGUUGUGAAUAGUCACAAGCUGACAUGGACUGGAUGAAUGCGUGUCCAACACACUAAUGUAAACAAUACAUUACUGUAUGUAACACUGUGGAGCACACACAGCCACUCAGUCUGAGAUGAUUGAGUGAUUCACCCUGUAUGUUUUCGGCCCAUGUGUCUGCCCUCCCCAGGUGGUGGAUAUCAUGCGUGUAAACGUGGAUAAGGUUCUGGAGCGUGAUCAGAAGCUGUCAGAGCUGGAUGAUCGGGCUGAUGCCCUGCAGGCUGGAGCCUCACAGUUUGAGACCAGCGCUGCAAAACUCAAGAACAAGUACUGGUGGAAGAAUGCCAAGGUAAUAGACUGUGAUAGAUUGUCCUUUGGUCAACAUUUAUUUAUGAUAAUAGUAGUUCCCUUUGAGGCUUGAAGUAUACCUCGUGAUUGACCUCAUGUUCCAUCACCCCUGAUUUACUGCCUCUCCAUGUCCAACUCUGCUUCCUUCAGAUGAUGAUUAUCCUGGGACUGAUAUGUGCGAUUGUCCUCAUUGUCAUCAUCGGUAAGGGUCACACCCACACUCUCCCUGCCAUGGCAGUUUGAAUGAAGAUAUACUCUCUGCUUCAAUAGUAUAUUUUUUCUCACCCCCUCUCUCUCUCGCUCUCUCUCUCUCUCUCUCUCUCUCUCUUUUGCUCUCUGUCUCUCUAAUUCUCUCUCUCGCCAGUCUACUUCAGCACCUAAGAUGAGUGGCUCCUACCCCAGUCUGCAGUCAAGACUGCCCGCUCCCUUGCAACAGAAAAUCCUUUAAAUUGA